AUGAGUGCUAAAGACUCUUGGCUUAAGAACUUGACGCGUCAAAAGGGAGGUUUCUGGGAUGAUCUUUAUUGGUACGACUUGCAGCUCGAACGACGUCUUCCGCAGGCUCAUAUGAUGCUUCAACAGCUGGUGCUUUCUCUGCCUCCAUGUGGUGAUAAACAGGUGCUGGAUCUCUGUGCAGGAAGUGGGCGUGUCUCAGCAGCUGUAUUGGCGGCCUAUCCGACAGCCCAAUUCACGUUAAUUGAUGCGUCCAAGCAGCGGUUGACAAUGGCGCGUCAGCGUCUCGAGCCACAGAAAAUUACUACUCAUGUGAUGACGUUGACACCGAAUGACUCGAUACAAUUUUGCUCUCAAGAGUCCAUGGACUUGGUAGUGGCAUGUUUGGCCUUUCAUGUGCUAGUGGAGCAGCCUUCACAUUAUGCACAGACACGAGACGAGGAGGAGCUGGACGUGAAAAAUACUUAUGAACUUCUUUUUCGAGCGACGUGGCGUGCAUUGCGUCCUGGAGGACACGUCGUAUUUGGAGACCAUGUGGGACAAUUGGGCAUGUUCCAGCAGCUCGAAGCGCUUAAAAGAGCGGGGUUUGAAGACGUUGACUGUUCGUGGAGAGUGGACGACUCGUUCGUGGCAGGUGGACGUAAACCGCUGGCAUGA